AUGUGCGUCAUUUCUUUUGGUCAUCAAGUAGGUGUUUCUCCGACCAGCAACAACAAAACUCCACACUUUCUCAAUUGCGCUGUGAUUGGUUCAUGUCCACCAAGGCCGUUGCGUUGGUCGCGGUACUCGGCUUCCUUUGGGUUUGCUUGCUGUCGAGGAAGAAGAAAGGCUCAAGCUAACUACGUAUCUGCACCACAAUUGCUCGCUGGGGAUAUAGAUGUAUGCCUAACAUCAGGUUAUUACCACACCAUAGUAGCUGCUCGCUGGGAAUAUAGAUAUAUAUUUCAUUUUGCAGGAUUAAUGAGCAGUGGUGAUGCAUCACUUCCCUAA